AUGAAGAUGAUCCAUCUGCCACCAGGACAACGGGUCAAGAUUGGCCGCCAGACCAACACCAAGACUGUUCCGGGGGAGCGCAAUGCGUACUUUGAUUCCAAAGUUCUUUCUCGAACGCAUGCCGAGAUUUGGGAGCAGGGAGGCAAGAUCUUUAUCAAAGAUGUCAAGUCGUCGAACGGCACGUUCGUCAAUGGCGUCCGCCUCUCGCCCGAGGGUGUUGAAAGCGAUCCAUACCAGCUCAACACUGAGGACAUGUUGGAGUUCGGCAUCGACAUCAUCAGCGAAGAUAAUCGCACGAUCAUCCACCACAAAGUUUCCGCAAAGGCGUACUGCGUCUUUGCGCCCGACGACGCUGCUAUAUCUGCUCGCGAGGUAACUGCGUAUCAAAACGAGAUGCGCAGCGUCCGCCGUGGAGGGUCGAUCUCUCAGCCCAAUACUGCCAAUCCCCUUAGCCACAUGGGGCCCUCUAUGAUGAGUGCUGGUGGGAAAGCGAACGGACUGAGUUUUGAGCAUGUCCUGCAGAAGCUCCAGAACGAGUUGGCCAAGAGCAAGGAGACGGGGCAAGAGCUUCAGACGCUGGCAGGUGCCAUGUCAGAGGUGCAGGACACCCUGGGGGGCGGGCUGGCCCCCAGCCAAAACGGUGCAGCCGCGCAGUACAUCCCGGCCCAGUUCCGCAAUCCUUCCGCCGAGGCUCAAGCGGCGUUAGCAGGGCCUCACGGCUCAUCUGCAGCGGCCUUCAUUGCUCUCCAAUCUCAAAUGAACGACACUCAGUCGUCCGUCGCCACGCACCUGGAACGAAUCCGCCAGCUCGAGGGGCAGAUUCAACACCAGGACGCGCUCAAGCUCGAGAUUGCAGGUGUGCGCAAACAGAUGGACGAUAGCAAGCGUGAGAUGGAGCAGCUUCUUGCUCUCUCCAGAGCCUCUGAGAAUGGCUCCCAUUACGACGAUGAUGACGAUGACGCACAAUCCGUGGCGACAGUCAUGCCGGACGACGACGACGAGGACAGCCACCGCGCUUCCAAAUCAGCUAAUGGGAGCGCAUCGAGGGGCCAGGACGACCUGGCGGCCCGCAUCCAGGCCCUCACAACAGAGAUCUCGGACGCUCUUCAGCUGUCCAAAGCGCUCCAGACGCAGCAUGGUGAAGCGAUGACGGCUGUCAAGCAGCUCACCCAACGAGUAGGGCUACUGGAGAGCGACAUUGCCGAGCGGGUCUCUGCUGCAACUGUCCAGGCGGAGGAGCGGUGGGAAGCCUGGCGCUCCAAGUUCGAGGACAAGUGGAAGAAGGAAAGGGAGAGUUGGGAGUCGGAGAGAGAGCGCCUUCGCGGCGUCGUCCGCGAAUGGGAGGAAGCCAGCCGCCGCGCUGUCGAGGAGGAGGAGGAACGCGAGAUGAACGAGCAACUCAGUGGAGACGACGAGCUCGUCGACGAGGAGGACGACGACGCCCAGCAAGAUGUCGAGGAAGGUGAGCUCCUUGCUGUCCACAACCGGUGGCAAGCCCCACACUCCGCUGGCAGUGAUGGCCUCGACCUCGGCGAGGUCUCGCCUGCUAUCUCCAAGCCUCGAAGGCGCCGACCUAGCACCAAGACAGCUCUCGCGAUGCGUAGCCUUCGCGCCGUAGCGAACAGCUCGGGCGGCGCCUCAACACCCAAAGGCGGUCGCGAGACGCCACCUGCAAUCAAGAAGGGUCGGUCGCGUGAGCUCUCUAGGGACGCGUUGCGCCGCGUCAAAGGAGGGCGUGGGCGGUCUGGAUCCAGGCCAGCUUCACCCAACGUCCUCAACGAGAAGGAAUCCUCGGAGAGUGGGCGCGAGUCGGCCGACACUCUCAGAGGAGAGAAAGAGCAUGUGGAGCGCAAGUUGGACAAUGGAGUUAAGAAGCCAGUUGUCGGACAGUCUCAGUUACCGAUCAUGACCGUUGUCAUUGUCGCUGCUGUUGCCGGCUUCAUCUACUACCGUCACAGGGAGUAA